AUGGCUCCCAAGGUGGAUAACAAGCAAGGCAAGACCAAGCCCAGCGACAAGGCUGGUGCUGCCGCCAAGGCAGUCAUUAAGGGUGCUGGUGCGCACAAGUCUCGUAAGGUCCGCACCUCUACGACCUUCCACCGCCCCAAGACCCUUCAGCUUUCCCGGUCGCCCAAGUACCCCCGCAAGUCGAUCCCCCAUGUCCCUCGCCUCGAUGCGCACAAGGUCGUCCUCUACCCUCUCAACACCGAGAGCGCCAUGAAGAAGAUCGAGGAGAACAACACCCUGGUCUUCAUCGUCGAUGUCAAGUCCAACAAGCGCCAGAUCAAGCUCGCCCUCAAGAAGCUGUACGACGUUGACACCGUCAAGGUCAACACCCUCGUCAGACCCGAUGGACUUAAGAAGGCCUACGCCCGUCUAACCCCUGACGUUGAUGCUCUGGACAUCGCUGCCACCAAGCUUGCCAUCGUCUAG